AGAUAUAGACAUAGAUGAGUAUAGGGUGAACUAGACUUCGCUACCAAGACAAUGUUGGCAAACUCAAUCAUUCUAUUGACGUUCUUAGGUGUAUCUUUACUUAAAGUUGGUGGAAGGAUGAUUUAUUCAACAUGCUCAAUGAAUCCUAUUGAGAAUGAAGCGGUUGUUGCAGAGGUUUUGCGAAGGUGUGGAGGAUCCAUCGAACUUGUAGAUGUCUCUAGUGAACUUCCCCAACUCACUCGUCGACCAGGUCUUAAGAGAUGGAAGGUAUGUGACAAAGGCAAGUGGUUCAUCUCCAGCAAAGAUGUUCCCAAGUUUCGUAGAAAUGUAGUUCUUCCCAGCAUGUUUCCAAAUGGCAGAAGCUAUCAGGAUGUUGGUGAUAGUAAUUGUAAUAUCAUCAUGGAAGGUGAUAUUAAUACUGUUAAGGGACAUAUCGAAGAUGAUACCCAAGCAAUGGAGAAUCCUGCUAUGCUCGAAUUUACUGAGGAAGAUUCUGAUUUCCCACUAGAGCGGUGCAUGAGGUUUGUGCCUCAUGAUCAGAAUACUGGAGCCUUCUUUAUUGCUGUUCUGCAGAAAGUUUCUGCUCUUCCUGCAAUCCAGGUAAAACCUAGAAAAGAAGUUGGGAAACAGGUUGACACAGCAAACCAAGGCAAUGAGGAUGCACACGAACUGCAUGCUAAUCCAUUGGAAAAUAUAUCUGAAGGAAUUUCAGAGGCUAAUGUAAAUGAAAAUGAACCUAAUGAAACAGAUUUGAAGGUUAAUUCUGUUGCAUGUGAAGAAGCGGAUUUCAAGGAAGCCCAAGAACCCUGCAGUAUAGAAAUCAUAACAAAGAAUACUCCAGGCAAAAGGAAACUGCAGUUUCAAGGAAAAUGGAGAGGCAUUGACCCUGUUGUCUUCUUCAAAGAUGAAGGAGUUAUUAACAGCAUAAAGGCAUUUUAUGGCAUUGAUGAUCAAUUUCCAUUUAAUGGUCACCUUGUAACAAGAAACAGUGAUACAAGUCACGUGAAAAGAAUUUACUAUAUAUCCAAGCCAGUCAAAGAUGUUCUGGAGUUGAACUUCUCAGUGGGGCAGCAACUUAAAAUAACUUCUGUUGGUCUGAAGGUUUUUGAAAGACAAACUUCAUGUGAAGGAAGGUCUGCACAAUGUUCUUUCCGGAUCACUUCUGAAGGAUUGCCCCUUAUUCUCCCUCACAUUUCCAAACAGAUUCUAAGUGCAUCUGUAAUAGAUUUCAAGCAUCUUCUGCAGUAUAGAGCUGUAAAAUUUGCAGAUUUUGUGGAUGCCAAGUUCGGAGAACGUGCUGCAAACCUAAUGCCCGGCUGUUGCGUGAUAGUUCUGGGUGAAGGUAGCAGAGCUGCUGCAGGGACCCUCAAAGUGGAUGAGUCAACUGUAGCCAUUGGAUGCUGGAAGGGUAGAGCAAGUUUGACUGUCAUGGUUGGUGCAUUGGAAUGCCAAGAACUGCUCCAACGGCUUUUAAUGCGUCUAGAUGCACAAACAGAAAAGGACUCCUCCAUGCAUGAGGACCAACCGUCUGGUACCAAGGGAGAUGAAGCACAAGUGGCAAACGGUAAAAAUGAAGAUAUUUAAUAUUUUUCACUGAUUACUUGGAGUAGUCAAUCUAGGUUUUUACUAAUUUAUUCACAGCUCCUAUCCUUUUAGUCACGUUUCCCACCUAACUUAAGUCUCAUCCCUCUUACAAAAAAGCAUUUUGCAGAAAUUAGGGCCGUGGUCCACCCAUGUAUGUUAUGAAUUUAUUUUCUAUCCGUUUUGUUUUCGUCGUGUUAUUUAUAGCCAAGUUAGCACACAGACUUUGCUCAAAUUUGUAUCAAUAGCUUUUAGUGACUUCACCAGGAUUUUAUACUUGACAGAAGCGUCCAUUUUAC